CAACUCCAAUUAUAAUCAGUGAGUCAUCGAGCACUGUAAAAAUUACCUGGAUGGAAGCACCAGAUCCUACAUACGAUAUCGCAGAGUAUGAAGUCACAUUGCAGCAAACAGGGAGUACAGAUAUUCAGACGCAGCGGGUAGCGGCAGUAGCUGGAGCAACCCACACAUUUGAGAAUCUUCAGUCAGGCUCAGAGUAUACCAUCGUUAACAAAGGAUAUCACCCCGAGGGAAUCCUUAUUAAAACAACAGAUCCAAUCACUGGCGUCGUGUGGACCUUGCCACAUGAACCGUCGGACAGCAUUAUCUACCAGACCAGCAGUUCAACAGCCACGGUUCAGUGGACUGCUGCCAACCAACCCUUCUUUUUACCAAAUUCAUAG